AUGUUCGAGAGUUCUUUGACGAAUUCGACCAUCUUAGCUGAAAUCGAGACGGAGGGCUCCUUGAAUGCGAUGGUCAAUUUAUACAUGCUUAAGAGACUUCGAAUCCCAUGGGCUUUCCUAAUCGGGUUCGCGCGAGACCCAACGAAACGAUUACAGGAUGUGAUCCCAAAGAUUGCUAACCAUGACGAGCGAGUUGAGGACACGGAAUUGUAA